AUGCUUACCUCGAAGGGAGACCACAAACUUCGAGGGCCUCCACCCAAACCUGAGCAAGUAGACAAGGCCCUAACAGCACAUACUUGGUACCAUGGGUUGAUUCCACGUAAAGAGGUAGAAGACAUGUUAAAGAUUCAGGGAGACUAUCUGGUACGGAAAACGACCGUAGCCAGGCAGAUUACUUAUUGCUUGUCAGUAAAACAUACAAGCGAUACUAAGCAUGUUCCACUUGGGUACUCCAAUGGAACCUGGACAUUAAAAGAUGUGAGUGCACGGCAUAUUAGUUUCCAGUCACCUAAAGAUCACCAAAUCUGUCAUCCUUCAUUUCAAGUAGACAAGGCCCUAACAGCACAUACUUGGUACCAUGGGUUGAUUCCACGUAAAGAGGUAGAAGACAUGUUAAAGAUUCAGGGAGACUAUCUGGUACGGAAAACGACCGUAGCCAGGCAGAUUACUUAUUGCUUGUCAGUAAAACAUACAAGCGAUACUAAGCAUGUUCCACUUGGGUACUCCAAUGGAACCUGGACAUUAAAAGAUAUCUCAAAACCAUCUCUCAAAGAACUUAUUGAUGAACUGGUUCAAACUGCAAAACCUAUCCCACCAUCAGGAGUGAUUUUGAAAACACCUUUCCCACGACCGGAUUACUACUUCCUACACGAGCACAUAACAAUUUUGAAAAAACUGGGACACGGAGAAUUUGGUGAAGUGAAUUUGGGAAAGCUCAGACUGAAAAAUGACGAGGAAAUAGACGUCGCGGUGAAAAUGUUGAGAGGCACUCGCAUCAAAAAAGCUCAACUUUCGGCGUUUUUUGAGGAAGCCAAGUUGAUGCGACGAUUUGAUCACCCUAAUAUAGUAAGAUUUUACGGAGUGGCUCCACAAGAGGAACCUAUAAUGAUCAUUCUUGAAUUGGCAAGUGGUGGAUCACUGAAGAACUACUGCAAAACGCAUGCCGAUAUCCCAGAUUCCAAGCUGAUACAAUUUGCCACUGAUGGGGCUCGAGGGAUGUGCUACUUAGCUGCUCGUCAGGUUAUUCAUCGUGAUCUAGCUGCCCGAAACUGUUUAUUAGGGCAGAAAGAUGAAUUGAAAAUCUCGGAUUUCGGUCUUUCUAUAGCAGACAAGACAGAAAUGAAAAUGGACAAGUUGAAAAGCGUCCCAAUCAAAUGGCUAGCACCAGAAACACUUCGACAGGGGCUAUUCUCGACAAAAACUGACGUGUGGAGUUUUGGAGUGUUACUUUGGGAAAUUUUCGCACGUUGUGCGUCCGAUCCAUUUCCUGGAGAAACGAAUGCAAAAGCAAAAGAGCAUAUCCUGCAUGAUCCAGCGCCCAUGUCUGCGCCCGAAGGAAGUCCACCUAUUGUACAGGAAGUAAUGGAUGUUUGUUUCGUCAAGGUAGGCCGAAGUAACGCAGUACAAACCCAGAAGAGAGGGCUGACUUUCGUGAAGGUGCUGAAACUUCUUGCACCUGACGAGAAACCGCCUACAAUACCACUGGGCGCUUUUCAAACGUAUUAA